AUGACGGGGCGUGACCGGCCGAGGCAACAACAGCAUGGCUGGGGUGGCGGUGGUGGUGGCGGUGAAGUGGUCCUAGUUCAGGAACACAACAGCUUCUUCGCGUAUGAGCCAGUGCUACGGGCUCUGCAGGGCAUCAAAACCAUCCCACUCGCGCAGUACAUCGUACCCGGGGCCGACAGGGGGCCUGCUGCCGACAGCGGCGGCGGCGCCGACACCCCCGCCGCCGCCGGACAGGGCGACGCCGCCAAUAUUAAUACCCCCCUGCCGCUGCAGCAACCCCACCACCAGCCCCAGCCACUCAUUCCCCGAGUUCUGGAGACGACGCAAAGCACAGCGGCGACCCAGGUUCUGCAGACAGCAGCCCGGGCUGCUACCGGCGGUGCGGAGCUGCCUACCUACUGGCACGACCACCCCCGAGUCGACCUGCGAUGUAUUGUAGACGAAGGGCGGGUGUCGGCGCUCCCUGAGGAGCAGCACCGCAGGGUGCUGGACGUGCUGUCGGCCGUGGACCUGACGCAACCCGCGGGUCAGUUCCCGCUGGAGGAGCUGCUGGCUGCCACCACGCUGGACCGCUCCCAGGCGGAGGCUCUGCGGGCGGCUCUGGCACAGGAGGUGGCGGUGGUGCAGGGCCCGCCGGGAACAGGCAAGACCUUUCUGGGAGUUACCUUGGCGCGGGUGCUGCUGCGGAACACAAGGAGCGACCUGUUCGGCGAAGAUGUAGACAAUUACGACGGUGGUGGUGGAACACGCCUGAUGCGGCUGCGGCUGCAGCGUCGCGCCGCCCUUGGCAACACGGAAGAUGCCGACAGGGCUCGUUCAGGGCUUCCUCGCAUUGGGCCGCUGCUGGUGGUGUGUUUCACCAACCACGCGUUGGAUUCCUUUCUGGAGGACCUUCUGGAUCAUGAAGUCACCACCAGCAUCGUGCGAGUGGGCGGCAGCAGCCACAGCAGCAAGUUAGAAAAAUACAACUUGAGGAACCUGCAGAGCAAUGCGGGCGGCUUCCACGUAAAGGAGCUCUUUGCUCGCGCCAACAAGCUGGAGAAGCAGGCGGAGGAGCUGAGCGCGGCCUUGCUGAAAGCAGCGGAGGGGCAGCGCAGCCACCGUCCCUUGCUGCGUACGGUGUACGGCGUACGGAGCUGCGUGCGGCUUUCGAUGCUUCUCAGCCAGGACUCCUCGCAGCCAGGACUCCUCGCAGCCAGAGAGCGCCCAGUAGCUCCCAGUAGCUCCGGGGGGGUGACACGAGGGACGGGAGGUGGCGCCUCCAUCAUUGAGGACGGUGACCUUGGCGACGGCGACGGCGGCGGCCUUGGGAAGGGUGAGGACGACGUGCUGGACAUGGAAGAUGCUGAAAACACAUCCCCGGCGGCAGCCCAGCGGGGCCAGCCGCCAGCGGCGGCGGCGGCGGCGGCGGCGGCGGGGCCCUCCGCCGUCCAGGUGUCUGCAUUCGCGGCGCCGGCGCUCGGUGGUAGCGGCGCUGGUAGCGGCGGUAUCACGCAAUUCAUCCCUGCCACGGUGCUGAUGGCGGCCGGGUGCGAAGACGUGGCGGAGCCGCCGCCGCCGCCGCCACCGCCGCCGCCACCUCGGGCGCCCGAGGAGGUCCGUGCGAUGGGAUCCCGGCGUCGGCCUCUUGACGAGCUGCUGCGUUCAGACGAUGUUUGGAGCAUGAGCCGGCAGGAGCGGCAGGUGCUUCAUUCGGCGCUGCAGCGGCUGCGGUUCGCCCACCUGCUGGAGAGUGUACGAGAAGUGCAGGAUGACUACAAGAUCGUACAGGACGAGCUGCAGGCCGAGUUCUCCGAAUCGGCAUUGAAUGUUCUGAGGAGCGCCAAGGUGGUUGGGAUGACCACUUCGGGAGUUGCUAAGAACCAGAAUCUCGUGGCGGCGUUAAAGCCCCGGGUCCUGAUGGUGGAGGAGGCCGCAGAGGUGUUCGAGGCGCACGUGCUGGUGUGCUUGUCCCAAAGCGUCGAGCACCUCAUCCUCAUUGGCGACCACGAACAGCUGCGACCCAAACCCAACGAGUACGACCUGCAGGCCGCCUCGGGAAGGGGCUUGGACUUGGACGUGUCGCUGUUUGAAAGGCUGGUUCGAGGAGGAGGAGGGCCGGGGGGAGCCGCGGGUGGUCCUGGCGGCGCGGCUGCGCCCGCCGCCAUACAGAUCGCCACCCUGCUGCAGCAGCGGAGGAUGCGGCCACAGAUCAGCCAGCUCAUCCGCGUUCCCAUCUACCCGGAGCUCCAAGACCAUCCUCGCGUGCUGUCGUACCCUGCCGUACGGGGCCUGGCUUCGUCCGUCUUCUUCGUGGAUCACGACCACCCUGAGAGCGGCGGUGGGGGGGCCAGUGGGGAGGACCGCUCCAAGAAUAACGAGUGGGAGGCGCUGUUCGUGGUGGCGCUGGCUCGGCACCUGCUGCUGCAGGGGUACAAGCCUGGGGAUCUGGUAAUUCUGGUGCCGUACGUGGGGCAGCUGUUCCGGGUACAUAGGGCCCUGGAUGCAGCCAACGUUCGGGUGGUGCUCAGCGAUCGGGACCUCGAGCAGAUGGAUCGAGUGGGACUCGAAGUGGAUGGCGCGGAGGGCGCAGGAGCCGAUUCCGAGGGGGCCACCCGCACCGGCCCCGGCCCCGGCCCGGGUAGCGCCGCAACUGUAGCGGUUCUACCAGCCGGCGCCGGCACAGCUACAGGCGCUGCAGGCGGCGGCGGCGGCCGCGGGCGUAGCGGCGGUAGCUCCCUGGUAGAUGCCGGCCGGCACACCGGGGCCCGCAGCGGCAGCGGCGGCGGCGGCAAGCUGCCUGCUGAACCCAAGGUGGUGACCAUGCGGGAGGGCAUACGGGUGGCGACGGUGGACAACUUUCAGGGCGAGGAGGCCACCGUAAUACUGCUCAGCACCGUUCGCAACAACCCCGACGGCCACAUCGGCUUCCUCUCACAGCGCAACCGAAUCAAUGUCAUGCUCAGCCGCGCCCGUCACGGCAUGAUCGUGCUCGGCAACACCGCCACGCUGCGCGCGGCCGGCCGCGGCGGCCGUGGCGGCGGCGGUGCCGGCAUGUGGUGUCAAGUGCUGGAUCUGUUGGAGCGUGACGGCUGUGUAGGAAGGGCGCUGCGGGUGCGCUGUGCCAACCACGGCACGGAGACUGAGAUCCACGAGCCUGAGGACUUUAGUCGACUGGCGGGUGACGGGGGCUGUCAGGCGGCGUGUGGCGAGGCGUUGCCGUGCGGGCACACCUGCCCAAGGCGCUGCCACCCGGACGACCGCAGCCAUGUCCACGUGGUGUGCACCCGGCCCUGCGCCCGACUGCACGCCAAGUGCGGCCACCCCUGCGACAAGACCUGCGGAGAGGAGUGCGGCCGCUGCAUGCGGGUGAUCCAGGAGGAGGUGACGCUGCCGUGCGGACACGGCGUCCACGGCAUUGACUGCUGGAAGCGCUUCGAGGAAGGUGCCAUUCAGUGCCGCUCUCUGGUCGAGGUCGCGCUACCGGGCUGCGGCCAUAUCGCCCAGGUGCCGUGCUGUGAGGCGGCGGCUGCACGGGCCGGCAACACUCCCUGCACCGCGGAGGUGGAGGUGGAGAUGCCGGUGUGCGGUCAUGUGGUCCGGGUGGCCUGCAGCGCACGCGGGGGGCUGCUACAGGAUCCCACUGCCUGCCCCCAGGCGCCGUGUGGCGCGUUACUGGAAUGCGAGCACCUAUGCACGGGCCGCUGCGGGUCUUGCCUGAAGAGCGUGUUGAGUGGCGGUUACGCGGAGCUGAUUGCAGGUUGGCUUACGGAGGCCCCAGCGAACGUCCGUAACGCCUGGUCGGCCUGGAACCUUAAUUUGCCGCGUUUGUCCACGAGUAAUGCAGCCCCCAAGGUGGAGCGCUUCUUGCACUUCCUGUCGGCUGAGCAGGCGGGGGCGGCUUACCGAGGAUCCUUCCUGGCCUUCCUAAGAGCGCGCCUCUUCCCAAGAGUCCAGGACCAGCAGCAGGCGGUGGUGGCCCCUCACGCUCGCAGUCACCAUCGCUGCGGACGGCGAUGUCAGAAGAUCCUGGUGUGCGGCCACACGUGCGGCGCCGCUUGCCAUCCCGGGCAGGCCUGCGGCCGCUGCACACGCCCCUGCUGGAUCGCCUGCCCGCACCACGCCGUAUGCCACAAGCCAUGCUGGCAGCCCUGCGUGCCGUGCGCGGAGGCAUGCGACUGGGCGUGUAAACAUGUGGGAAGGUGCCGGGCGCCGUGUGGCGCGCCGUGCGAGAGCAAGCUGCUGAGCUGCGGCCACCGCUGCCCCGGCCUGUGCGGGGAGCCGUGCCCCCCACCCACCUACUGCGUGGAUCCGAGGUGCCUGGGGCGGGCCAAGGAGAACAUCCGGAAUCAGAUGGUGGAUCAGAUUAUGCUCCGCAGCCUGGGGGACCUGACCCCGGAGGAUGUGGACGAGGACCCGCUGGUGGUGCUGCCCUCGUGCGGCCAUGCCUUUCUCACGUCCACGUUGGACGGGUUGCUGGAUUUGGCCAGCUGCUACGACCGCGACCCCACCACGGGCGCCUGGUUGCGGCCCAAGGUGCUGGGACCCGACGUUGGAGGUCAGCAACCUGUCAAGACGUGUCCGCAGUGCAGGGAGCCCAUUCGUGGCGUACGGCGGUACGGCAGGCCGGUUAAUAAAGCGUCCCUGGAUCUAAUGGACCGCAAGCACCUGGCGGAAUGUGGCGCGAAGCUCGGGGCUGCGGAUGCACGACUGAAGGCGCUGCGGCAGCGCCUAGAGACGCAGGGUCAGGUUCUGGCGGAAGCGAUGACGCAGGCAGAGAAGGAAAUCCUGGCAGAUGUCAACCGUGGACAACACCGCUUCGAUGCCGAGGCAGCGAUGGCGAUGCUGCUGAGGCCCACUAAUGAGCCGAUAGCACAUGUGUCUGAUGUCAUAAACUUGUUCUUCACUGUGUGCGACUCGUACCUCAGCCCGUUCCUCAAUUGCGGUUUGGUUCGCAAGGAGCCGUCGCUCGUCCACCCACCCGCCGGACGACCCCUUUUAACACCCGGCAUAUGUCCCUGGAGGUACACGUACAUCCAUUCGAACGUACGGACCAAUGAACGACUGCUUGUACGGCUGCUUGUACGGUCCCACGAUCGUAUGCUGAAGUACUUGGUCAACUUCCAAACAGAAGGCCGUUACUAUCUUGAACAGUCCCUUAGAGACUUAAAUCAACCUACUGGCCUGUUCCAGCUGCUGCAUCAAGGCCUGCAGGCGUAUCAGCAGCUGGCCAUAGUGGCCGCGCCUGAGUGGGUGCAGCAGGCAGUGCAGGCCAGCAGCUUCAACAGCGCCUUCAAGCUGUCGGAGGCGGCCAUGCGGGCGGGUCUGGCGCAGGUCGGGCUCCUGGAGGUGGCGCAAUCGCUGCGCCAGGUUGUGAGGGACGCAGCGGCAGGGGGUUGGGUGCUAGACGGGCCCCAGCUGCGGGAGCUGAAGCAGCAUGCCUUGGACCAGGCUCGCGCUACGGGCACGGCAGCUCUGGACCUGUACAACGGCGAGAGCGGCUUCGCUGCCAAAAAUUACGAGAACGCCGCCAUCUCUUCCAUCCGGCAGCUCAUGUCCCGUCUGGAGAGCUUCUCCCAGCAGGUUGAAGCGGCUGAGCUGCUUUCCGUACUCAAGGUGGUUGCUGCACGCGAGUACAGCAGUAAUGACGCUAUGCGCUGGCUAAGCGGCCAUCUGUACAGGUGCCCGAACGGCCACCCGUACAUUAUCGGCAAUUGCGGGGGCGCCAUGGAGCGUGCCACCUGCCCGGAGUGCGGCGCGGUGAUAGGCGGUGGUAGCCACAGGCUGGUCGCGGGCAAUGCGCCCGCCACUGAGGCUUGGCGGGACGGCAAGCAACGCCAGCUGGUGAUCCAUCUAUAUGGAAACAUGGCGGAUGGCAGCUACGAGCUGUCGAUUCCGCGGGUGAUGAGUAGCCGGAGACAAAGGACGCGGGCUGGCUGGCGUGGGAGGACGGCCGACAGAUGUCGCGAAUGCGCAGAGGAGUAA